AUGACAGGCCCAAAAUCCCAUCAAUCUUCAAGCACAUCAAGCAUAUCUUCUUCCUUUCAAAAUCAUGGGUACUAUGACAGAUCUGUGAGGGCCUCUUCUUCAAGGCCAAGCCAUGUCGUUUCUCAAAACCACCAACAUGGCAACACGAUGCCCUCUUCCUCAAGGACAAUAAGCAACCCUAAUAAUUUUACUUACCAACAACCCGUGACAUUUUCAACAUCAAACUCCCAUGUCUCUAAUGAUCAAAACCAAGUGAGUCAUUCUUGGGCAUGGCGACGGUCUCUUACAUCAAAAUCAAAUUCUUCUGCUUGGCAAAACUCCAACAACAACAUCUCUAAUGAUCAACAAUCGGUGAAUCUUUCUGGGUCAUGGAGAAAAUCCUCAAGGACAAUAAGCAACCCUAGUAAUUUUACUUACCAACAACCCGUGACAUUUUCAACAUCAAACUCCCACGUCUCUAAUGAUCAAAACCAAGUGAGUCUUUCUGGGGCAUGGCUACGCUCUCUUACAUCAAAAUCAAAUUCUUCUGCUUGGCAAAACUCCAACAACAACAUCUCUAAUGAUCAACAAUCGGUGAAUCUUUCUGGGUCAUGGAGAAAAUCCUUUGGAUCAAAUCCUUCUACUACUUCUCAAAACUCCAAUAACUUCUCUAGUUUCAAUGGUGUAGUGGAUGUUGCGAUUAUAUCUUCAACUUCUACCUUGCAACAACAAUACUUGAACAACCUCUCUAGUUUCAAUGGUGUAGUGGAUGUUGCGAUUAUAUCUUCAACUUCUACCUCACAACAACAAUACUUGAACAACCUCUCUAGUUUCAACGGUGUAGUGGAUAUUGCGAUUAUAUCUUCAACUUCUACCUCGCAACAACAAUACUUGAACAACCUCUCUAGUCUUGAAGAGGGAGUGGAUGAUUGGAUUAAAUCUUCUACCUCACAGCAAUACUCCAACAACACCUCUAGUUUCGAAGAGGGAGUGGAUGAUUUGAUUAAAUCUACAAUUCGUCCUACCUCAGAACAAUACCAUGACAAUGAUCUCCAGUUUCGUAGAGGUAGUCAAUAA